CCCGCAGAGCGACUGCCGGCAGGUAAUCGGCUCGGCCAGUUGAAAAAUCUCUGUGCUGAGCGAUAGUCGGCCAUGGCGGACUGGAGCCUACUAGGAAACUUCCUGGAGGAAGUACAGGAGCAUUCUACCUCUGUCGGCAAGGUGUGGCUGACCAUCCUGUUUAUCUUCCGUAUCCUGGUACUCGGGACGGCGGCGGAGUCGUCGUGGGGAGACGAACAGGAGGACUUUAACUGCGACACCGAGCAGCCGGGCUGCGAGAACGUCUGUUACGACCGAGCAUUCCCUAUAGCGCAUAUACGAUACUGGGUGCUCCAGAUCGUGUUUGUGUCCACUCCCAGCCUGAUCUACAUGGGCCACGCCAUGCACACUGUUCGCAGGGAGGAGAAGAGGAGGAGAAGAGAGGAGGAGGGGGAAGAGGGAGGUGGUAGGGAGGAGGACCCUGGAGGAGGUGAAGGAGGCGGAGGAGAGAAACAGGGGCGGCAUGGAGAGAAGGACGAGGAAAAGGACAAAGGAGAACGUCCGUCAGCAGGUCGAAUUCGUCUGAGGGGAGCGCUGCUGCAGACAUACAUACUGAGUAUACUGAUACGAAGUAUCAUGGAGGUGUUGUUUCUGUGUCUCCAGUACUUCCUGUAUGGAAUCUUCCUCCAUUCUCUGUAUGUCUGCAAGGCCUGGCCAUGCCCGCAUCCAGUGAACUGCUACGUCUCCCGACCGACAGAGAAGAACGUCUUCAUAGUGUUCAUGUUGGUCGUGUCGGCCGUCUCUCUGGUCCUCAGUGUGCUUGAGCUGCACCACCUGGCGUGGAGACACUGCUGCAGGCGGUUCUUCUACACGGGGAAGGCCGUCGCUCCUGCUAACGCCUCUGUGCCCCGACAGCUCUCGAUGUCUCCUCCACCGCCAUCGACCCCGCUUCCGGACUUCACCCAGUGCAUGAUUGGCUCAUCGCACUUCCUGCCCCUGCCUUUUCCAACCCACCGUCUGGCUAACCAACAAAACUCAGAGAACAUGGCCACUGAGAAGAACAAAAUAGCCGCCGCGGUGGAGGAGGUAAACCUCCUCCAGAUGGGCUGCUACGCGCCCGGGUGGCAGGAGGCAAGAAGAAAUCAGAUCAAAGAUGAAAGUAACUGCCCCGGGAGCACGGACGUCAGCUGCCCUCAGACCCAAAAUGGUGGACCGGAUGGGCUGCCGCUCUACCCGAAUGGAGGGCUCUGUCAGAAGGACAAACGAAGAUUCAGCAAAACCAGCGGAACGAGCAGCCGAACGAGAACGGACGACCUGUCUGUUUAGAAAGAAAAACAGAAACAGAGGAAUUCAGCUAAUCACACACCUGCUAAAUAAACUAACAGAUGCAUAUGAGCCUUUCACACCUGCUAACAUGCACAUAAUACACAUAGCUUCUCUUCCAUGACAGCCGGAGGAAUCGUAGCCCACCCUUUUACCGUGACCGCUAAUCCUGGCACUUGCCCCCUUCUCACGCAACAUAAUCAGGCCACGGUAACAAGCGUUCCAUAAGGAACGUAGGUCGGUUUCAGCUAAAUGUCUACACUGUUGUCUCGUGAAUUCAUCUCAUGUUCCAAAACAAAUCCAAAAGCAAACUGUUUGAUUACGUCAUGGUUAUGACAGUAUUAGCCUCGCUAAGACCAUCUCACUGUCAAGAAAAUGGAAACCGACCGGGGCUUAACGUUAACUUGGUGUUGCCACUUUGGCUGAGGAACAGAACUCAAGUUUUCAUCGUCAGCAGAAUGGUAACGCUAGCAAAAGCAAACGGGUCGUCCCACAGCCCUAAUGUCCGUACCAUUAUAGAAGUGGGAUUUGGAAUAACAACUACUCUAGCUAACAUUCGACUCCCUGGAAAUAACAUUAACACCUAACAUUACAUCCCAAUUGUGGUGGCUGGCGUUCACUAGAUCAAAACAACUCAACUUUAUAAUAUAGUGACAUGGUGACAUAUCGUCAUAUAAGCCAAUGAAGGUUAUCAUAACCCUACUGUAAGAGAUUCUUACCAUGCUGACGGUCAAAAACCGACCUUCCAUGGACGGUCCUCUUCAGCCUUAACUCCUCACGGGCUUCGCACCUGCAAUGCACCUGAGAGGCAAGUUGUUCAUAUCCCUGAAAUACACUAGACAACAAACUGAACCGGCGGUUAGUAACCACUGGAGUUCUGGCGGCAGACGACCCUGCAAAUCCCGCAAGGAUGCCAACUUUUGAGUGUUCUUGUACCAAAAACAAACAUGGAUGGCAACCGGCAGCUCGCACUGUUUAUAUGCGGUGACAUUUGCACUGAAAAAGCCAAAAAAAAAGAGGAAAAAAGCUCAGAGUUUGGGUGAGAUCCUGGAUGAAGAGGUGUGGGCAACGUGGAGCACGUAGCCUCCAGAGGAAACUGGAUGAAUCGCUAGUCUUCUUUCUCCUUUUGUUUAUUUAAAUUCAAAUUCAAUGUCAACGGUGUUCUGUUGGCAUG